UCUUAUAAGACUGACGAACGUGAGAGUACUCUAACUGUGUGCAUAUUAAUUAUUUAAUAUAUAGAUUAAAACUAAAAAACUAAUAUGUUUUUGAUAUUGAAAUUGUUAUUAAUAAUCUUAUUAAAUGAAUCGUACGCGUAUUUCACGCAAGAUACCGAAAUAAUAUUGCUGCCGCCAUCGUAUCCAGCAGGUGCAAAAGAGAUACCAUUAACUCUGAAAGCUUUCGGACAAUUGAUUCAACUCAACCUACGUAGAAACGAUCUGAUUGUAUCGCCUACGUUUCCAAUAUGGAAAUAUAACGCAAAAAUUACAAAAAAAUGGUUGCAAUUAAAUGUUUCAAACCCUUGCUAUUAUUAUCAUGAAGAUGAUAUCAGCUCCGCAACCAUAAACUUUUGUGGCGAACAUGGAUUUGAGGGUCUCGUUUUUAUGGAAAACGACACAUUAAAGAUUCGACCUUUGCGAAACAAAUUUACGCCAUUGUGUUUAAUCGACGAUUUUAGAAAACAUAUUAAUCUAUCAUUUGGCAAACCUCAUCUUAUUAAAAGAUCACUGCAACAUUUUGUUGAUUUAAAUCUUUACCAUUGGGACAAGUUUAAAAUGAAGCGACGUCACGUACGCAAUGCGCGACAAAAUUUAACCGUGGAACUUGCCGUUUUCUAUGACAAAGCAGCAUAUUUUACGUCCUUGUUUCUUGAUGAGCACAAUGCCGAUAACUUACACGAUAUCAUAUUAGACUAUGUGAAUAGUAUCCAGGAUGCUUUCAAUCGUCCGAGUUUGGAUGUUUUUAUCAAUUUUACGUUAAUAAGUUUGGAUUAUAUGAAAGAAGAGCAAUCAAAUUUGCAAAUUUCUGACGACGACGCAGUAGAACUGCUCAGUUCUUUCUGCAAAUACGCGAGUUCUCUUAAUCCUUCGAACGAUAAUGAUCCGCGUCACUGGGACAUUGGCCUUUACCUUACCGGACUAAAACUUUAUGAAAAUAUUAUUGUAAUGCAACCGCAUUACAGAACAGAGAAGAAUUAUAAUAUUAAGGGAAUAUCUUACCACGAUGGCGCAUGCAAUCCGCUUUACUCUUGCGCAGUAGUAGAAUUCGGUGAUUCAUCUGAAAUCACAUCACCUUUUGAAGUUAUUUAUAAGAUCGGAAAUCUUUUAGGAUUAACACAAGAGCGAAGUUCUACCGAUUCGCAAAAAUACGUAACAUGGUACGAGGAUAGUCGUAACAAAAUUGAAAAACUCUGGGAAACAAAAACGUGUCUUAGAGAUCAAGCAAAAACGAUGAUCAUUGAAACGGGAAACAUCAAUAAUGAUAAUACGCGAAAAAAUUUAAAUAAUAAUAUGACUAUAAAACUUGCCGUUUCCUUGACGAAACUGCAUAUAAUAUAUAUUUCAUACCUCUUCUGGAUAAUAAUGAGAAAAGGUUACGCAAUAUGAUAUCAGAGUAUGUGAAUCGUAUCCAGGCUGCUUUCAAUCAUCCGAGUUUGGAUGUUUUUAUUAAUAUUACGUUAAUAAAUUUGAAAGUUCUGAAAAAAUCGUUGUUAAAUUUGUCACUUUUUGACGACGACGUUGACGAAUUGCUCGAUUUGUUCUGCACAUACGCGAAUUCUCUUAAUCCUUCGAACGAUAAUGAUCCGCGUCACUGGGACAUUGGCCUUUACCUAACCGGAGUAAAUCUUUAUGAAAAUAUUACUGUAUUUAAACCGCAUUACAGAACAGAGAAGAAUUAUAAUAUUAAAGGAAUAUCCUACCAAGAUGGUGCAUGUAAUCCGCUUCUCUCUUGUGCAGUAGUAGAACUCCGUGAUUCAUCUGAAAUCACAUCAUCUCUUGAAGCUACUUAUAAGAUCGGAAAUCUUUUAGGAUUAACACAAGAGCGAAGUUCUACCGAUUCGCAAAAAUACGUAACAUGGUACGAGGAUAGUCGUAACAAAAUUGAAAAACUCUGGGAAACAAAAACGUGUUUUAGAGAUCAAGCAAAGACGAUGAUCUCUAUAAAAGAAAACAUCGAUGCUGAUAAUACGCGAAAAAAUUUAAAUAAUACAAUAACGAUAAAACUUGCCGUUUUCCUCGAUGAAGCAGUAUAUAAUACACCCUUCAUACCUCUUCAAAGUAAUAAUGAGGAAAGGAUACGCAAUAUGACAACAGAGUAUGUGAAUCGUAUCCAAGCUGCCUUUAAUCAUUCGAAUUUGGAUGCCUUUGUGAAUAUUUCUUUAAUACCUCCUAUUAUUGUGAAAAAACACUUGUCAAAUUUGUCAAUUUUUGACGGCGACGCUGAAGAACUGCUCAAUUCAUUUUGCGUAUACGCAAAUUCUCUUAAUCCUUCGGACGAUAACGAUUCGCGUCACUGGGACAUUGGCCUUUACUUAACCGGAGUAAAUCUGUAUGAAAAUAUUAACGUAAAUCAACCGCAUUACAAAACAGAGAAAAAUUAUAAUAUUACAGGAAUAUCCUACCAAGAUGGUGCAAUCGAUCCGUUUCACUCUUGCGCAGUAGUAGAAUUUCGUGAUUCAUCUGAAAUCACGUCAUCUCUUGAAGCUAUUUAUAAGAUCGGAAAUCUUAUAGGAUUAAGACAAGAACGAAAUUCUAGUGAUCCGCAAAAAUACGUAACAUGGUCCGAGGAUAGUCGUAACAAAAUAAAGAACAUCUGGAAAGAAAAGAAGCGUCUUAAAGAUCAAGCAAAAACAAUGAUCUCUAAAAAAAAAAACAUCAAUGCUGAUGAUACGCGAAAAGAGUUAACCAUAGAACUUGCCGUUUUCUUCGACGAAGCAGCACAUCAUAUGUACAUGCCUAUUCUGCACAAUAGUAAAAAAAUGUUACGCAAUAUGAUAUUAGCAUACGUAAACCAAAUUCAGGCUAUGCUCCAUCAUCCAAGUUUCGGUACUUCAGUUGAUAUUUCGUUGGUACGAUUGGAAAUUAUGGAAAAACAACCAACAAUUUUGUCAGCCACAAUUCGCAAGGACAGUAAAAAACUGCUUGAUUCGUUUUGCAAAUACGCCACAACACAAAAUCCUCGAAAAGACAAUGAUUCUCGUCACUGGGACAUAAGUCUUUACCUAACCGGAAUAAAUAUAUAUACAAAGUAUAACCAACAAAGGUACUAUUCCCCCAUGGCAAAAUCUUUCAGGAAUGGCGCAUGUGUUCCAUUCAACGCGUGCGCCAUAGUAGAAUUCGGUUCUAAUAGAAAUGAACUUUCGGCUUUUGCAACGUCUCGUGCUGCUACUCAUGAAAUCGGCAAUCUAUUAGGAAUGGAUCACGAUAAUGGCUCUAUCGAUUUGACGUGUUCGAGAGGAAAAUACAUAAUGUCAGAUUCGCUAUACUACCGGGGCCAGGUAACAUGGUCUGAGUGUAGUCGUAACGUUACUAAAAAACUCCGGAAAACAAAACAAUGUCUUCUCGAUCGUACGAGACGAGAAAACACCGAAGAUCCAUAUGCAUUGGACCAUUCGCGUUAUCACGAUUUACCGGGAAGAGAAUGGACCGCCAAAGCACAAUGUGAAUUAUUCUUACAAGACAAAGAUGCAAACGUAGUCACGUUGCAUGAUAUAUGUCAAGUCUUACAAUGCGAAACACCUCACAAAAAUAAAUACUUCUUCGCGGGACCAGCGCUGGAUGGAACUCGCUGCGCACUCGGAAAAGAAUGCCGCGGAGGAGAAUGUGUGCUCGUUCUCGAACCGCUAUACAAUUUUGGAUUUUUAGGGUUUUGUGAAAGGGAUGAAUGGAGUAAAUGGGAGGAAGACGCAUGCAAAAGCAGGUGCUUAAAUAAAUCCAAAGGCAUGCUUGUGAAACGACGUUUUUGCAGACAUCGUACUCACAGAACAGCAAAUUGCAAAGGAUCAUAUUACAACGUGGUUCUGUGCAAUGAUUCCAGACUUUGCACUGAAAGACGCGAAAAGGUUGCUCAGUAUGCUACCAUGAAAUGCACCAAGCACAGUUUAGAAAUAAGAAAAUACAAAAAAAAUCGGCAUUACCAAGUAGGAAGAUUUGUGUACGAACCAAGAAAAGAGUCCGGUUUGCAGGAAUCUCAUGAUUUUGAUAUUCCGUGGAAAGCUUGUACUAUAUACUGUCAACGAAAAGACAAUAAGUCUGUUUACUAUUCGCCUCGCCUGGAAAUGCUCGAUUUAGGUAUCGAUCCAUACUUUCCAGAUGGAACGUGGUGUCACGAGAAGAAUGGCCAGAAUUAUUACUGUCACGAACAUUAUUGUCUCCCGGAAAACUACUCAAUCGAAGAAUAACUGUCAAGAGUUUUUCGACAUGUGUGGACAAGGAUUGAAGAAAAAAUAAAAUUGCAAAACACGCAUAACUCAAUGAAAAUCAUUGACAAUUUGUUUAGCGUCAAUCGUAGGGUCCGUUGAAUUAUCGAUGCUACUUUUUAUUUUACGUUGUAAAUCUAUUUUUUGUUAGCAAAAGACAAAUUGAUGAAAAAUACAUAAA